GAGACGUACACCUGGUUGGUGAAUUUUCCACAAACAAACCCGAUCUGACGGCAGCACGAAAAUGGUCGCGAAGGGCGUCCGGAACCAGUACCUGGCAACGUACUGCGCGAAUCUCGCCACACUCAUCUACGGUCUGUCGAUAGGAUGGCUCUCGCCGAACCUGAACCUAAUGGCGUCGGAUGACACACCGCUGGUGACGGGGAAGGUCACUAAUGAGGAAUUGGGUACGAUCGGGUCGAUCGGUACCAUUGGCUGCAUGCUGGCUCCGCUAGUGUGCGGUUGGGUGGCGGAAAUCGCUGGCCGAAAGUCCGCCUUGAUGCUGAUCGGUGUAACGCAGCUGAUCAGCUGGGCUGUGAUGCCGUUCGCUACCAAUCUGACCGUCAUCUACACGUCACGCAUCUUCGGUGGGUUCGCCGGAGGUGGUACACUCUCCAUCGUGCCAUUGUUCGUGUCGGAGAUAUCGGAAGAUAGAAUACGUGGUACUCUCGGGACGAUGCUUGCCAUCUCGUGCAACUUCGGUAUCCUGCUUGGGUUCAUCAUCUCGCACUACGUGAAUUGUUGGGCGGUGACGUACAUCGCUCUGUUGCUGUGCGUGGUCUACUCGCUGGGCUGCUUCUUCUUGCCAGAAUCUCCACAGUAUCUGUUCGUCAAGAAGAAGAAGGAGAAAGCGAUAAAGGCGCUGCGGUUCUACCGAGGCGAAGAAGCCGAAAGUGAAACAUCACAGUUCACCGCCGAGGUGGCACGCUUCAAGGACAUCCACACUACCGGCACGCCCAAAAAGAAGGACUCCAACCAGAUCCACAUCAAAGAUUUCCUAACCCGAUCCCGAUGGAAGCCGAUCCUGAUCUGCGUGGUGGUGAUCAUGUUCCCCGCCGGUUCCGGUUCAAUCCCGCUCAUCACCUACACGGAGAAGAUCUUCCAGGAGUCACACUCCAACCUCAAACCGGCGAUAUCCUCCAUCGUGGUCGCGACCCUGCAGCUGAUCGGUUCCUACAUCUCCACGAUGACGGUCGAAAAGGCGGGCCGGCGUGUUCUGCUCGUCGUCUCGACGCUCGGUUGCGCGGUUUGCACCAUCACGAUGGGCACGUACACGUUCCUGCAGGAUAUGCAGGUCCCGGUCGACUGCUUCCGGUGGGUCCCGGUCGCCAGCAUGUCCGCGCUAGUCUUCAUCAAUGCCAUCGGCAUCGGUAUCGUGCCAUUCAUCAUCAUGACCGAGAUCCUCGAUCCGAAGAUCCGCGGUUCGGUGGUCACGUUCUGUCUGCUGGAGUUUUCCGGCGUCGCGUACCUAGUCGUCAAGUACUUCCCAAUCGCGACCGAGAAGCUCGGGAUGUACUCGUGCAUGUGGUUCUUCUCCUGCUGCUGCGUCGCGUCCGCCACCUUCGUGCUCACCUGCAUGCCGGAGACGAAGGGCAAGAGCUUCGAGCAGAUCUCGGAAUCUCUGAACGGGGGCAAGAAGGCGCACAACAAGGAUGUCGCCCCGACGCCCGUCUGACACACGGCCGUUGGUCGUUCGCCGUUGCGAGACGGCGGUGAGCUAGGUGUGUUUGAAAGGAACGAUUAGGGACCUUUUAUUAUUUUUUUUUUGUUUGUUUUCGUUAUGUUUUACCCCUACUAGCUGCCAUCUGGCGUGGGAGCAUCUUGAAUUGUAUUAUACACCUCUUUUUCAUGACAUACCACAUACCCUCUAUACCGCAUAUAUAUACAUAUAUCCGACCCGCUGGUGGUCCCGUACGCUACACAUUACACACGCAUUACCCUUGGCGGAAGAAGGCGUAGAACGCGUCCUAGACGUCCUAGACGAGAGCGCGAAACUUUAGAAUCAAACAGCAAACAAAAAUACGAUAUACGGUAGAAUUACGCGAGAACGAGCGGAGUCCGUGGUAGACGACGUGCUAGUUGGAGAGCAUUUAGGAAGCGCACAACGGAACCGACACAGCUCCUGCCGGCAAAUGUUCGGCAUAAAGGGAGGAAAAAAAAAAAAGCAAAACCGGGUGCAUCCGGGAAUUGUGGCAUGUCCACACGAGCCCAUUUGGUCCUUACGGGGGAUCGGAAAGGGCCGGUAGGGCAGCAUUUUUUUUGCAAAACAAAAAAUAAAGAAACAACCUUUGUACUAAGCUUUAAUACAGAAUAUUUGUUAACCGCGCGGUGUCACCACGAGCGAAAAAUAAAGUUAUACACCAAUAU